AUGGAAGGAUAUGCGAAGAUAGCAGAGCGAAUAUCAAAACACCCCGAGCUCGGCAUAUACCGACGAUUUGGAGCGCUCAACGCUCAGAACAUACUCUACCUACAAGCAGAGAUUCAUGAAUUGGAGGCAGAUUUGCGAAAUUAUGCUGAGGAGGACGCCGCGCAGCCUCGAGACAGUGAGAGAUCGAAGUACUCACGCAACUGGCACAAGCUCAGCUCGAGCAACGACGACCGCCGGCAAUGGAAUACAGUGUGCUUGAUCCGUGAGAAGCUCAAAGAGUACAACGACCUCCUUGCACAACAAGCGCUCAUCACCCGCUACUACCGGAAGCCUCGCGGGUAUGAUCUGGACAUCCUUCGCACCUGCCUGCGAAGCACGUCUUUACCCGACUAUCUCCCGGGGUUAGACAGCACGAUCUGGGAUGAUCCAGUACUGUCGCAAUUCGAUCUGGUGUCACUCCACCCAGACAAUCCGGAGGCUGAUGAUCGACUCACGCAUUGGAUCUCAUCGUACUUCAUAGGGCCGUUCCACCACCUGGUGGGACGACACUUCAAAGCGAAGUCCACAGACUUUGGUGAGGAGAACUUGACAGACUAUUCAGAUGCAGCCAUCGUCAAGCUUUCGAGUAUCCUGGCAACAGUGGUGUCAUCAGUGUUUCCGAUUGUAGGUGUGAUAAUCCUGUUCUUCGUCCAGGAUCUUCUCGCUAGAAUUGGCAUAAUCGCGUCUUUGACGGCGGUCUUCUCGUUCGUGUUGGUCGUCAUGACACAUGCCAGGAAGGUUGAGAUAUUUGCGGCGACUGCGGCCUUUUCUGCGGUCCUGGUCGUCUUUCUCGGAGCCGAUGGCUGA